GCCUCGGCGGAGGGCCAGUCUUGGAACACUACACUUCGCCUGGCAGCCUCCGCGGGUGCCAUCGCGGUGGCCACUGCAGGUGCAGAGCCCAGUUUGCCUACUCGCACUGCCUGUGAUGCCCUGGCGUUUGGGGCGACACCCAGGUCACAGCUUGAUGAAGAGCGGUGCCAGGCACAUCCAGAAGUACAGAUCCAGAGCCCAGCGAAACUCCACUUUUCCUCGCGGCUGAACUCAAUGAAAGCAAGGUUGGACCUCUGGAGAGGUUCCAUUGACACCUUGGGCCUGGUGGAGCGGCAGGGCACCGUCAAAGGCAACCUGACCUGGCUUUAG